AUGGCACACUUAGACAAGCAAGAACCUAUUGCCAUCAUUGGCGCUGCAUGCCGACUACCUGGAGAGGUAUCCUCAUUGGGCAACCUGUGGGAUAUGGUCAGUCAGGCGAAGACGGGCCACUGCAAAAUCCCAUCUGAGCGGUGGAACGCAGAUGUCUGGUACCAUCCAGACGAAGAUAGGAGAGGAGGGAUAUCUCUGAAGCAUGGUUAUUCUCUCCAACAGGAUGUCGGUCACUUUGAUGCACCGUUCUUUUCGACUACGGCGAAGGAGGCGGCAGCUAUGGAUCCCAUGAAGCGGCUUCUUCUUGAAGUGGCCUACGAAAGCAUUGAGAGUGCUAACAGUAUCGCUUCAGCUGGUAUCCCAGUGAAUUCGUUGAUAAAUUCACAAACAGGGUGCUAUGUGGGAUGCAUGACCAAUGACUACGAGGUACUAUCACUACACGAUAUCUACGACUUGGGUCACACAGCCGCAUCAGCUACCAGUGAAGCCAUGACUGCGAACCGGGUUUCUUGGUUCUUCGGACUGCAGGGUCCCAGUCUGACGCUCGACACAGCCUGCUCCUCGAGUCUGUACGCCUUGCAUCUCGCCUGUCAGUCAUUGAAACUGGGUGAGACAAACAUGGCAAGUUCCUCUACUUCGCUCGUGGCAGGUGUCAACUUAAUACUCAACCCCAACACGAUGCACCAGCUCUCGGCCAUGCACACGUUGAGCCCUGAGGGUGUAUCACAUACCUUUGACGACCGAGCCAAUGGGUACGGGCGUGGUGAAGGCAUUGGCUGCUUGGUGGUCAAACGUUUAUCGGAUGCGUUGCGGGACGGAGACACUAUUCGUGCCGUGAUCCGAGGCACUUCGGUGAAUGCUGACGGAAAGACACCCAGUAUCACGCAGCCCAGCUCUACAGCACAGGCAGACCUGAUCAAGAAGACUUAUGAGGCGGCAGGCCUGCCCCAAACGGAGACACAGUACUUUGAGAGCCACGGAACUGGCACGCCGGUUGGGGAUCCUAUUGAACUAGAAGCCAUCGCAUUCACUCUGGGUGCGAGCCGUGCUGCUGCUGGUCUUGGGCCUCUGUAUGUAGGCAGCAUCAAGCCCAACGUAGGGCACACUGAAGGCUGCUCUGGACUGGCCGGGGUGCUCAAAGCCGUGACUUGUCUGGAGCAGGGCAUGCUUGUACCGACAUACGGUGUCGAGAACAUCAAUCCCAGGCUGAGAUUGAACGACUGGAACAUCGCGUUGCCGCCACAGCUGAUGAAGUGGCCAGUUCGUGGCCAGCGUCGUAUCAGCGUCAAUUCGUUUGGCUUUGGCGGCGCCAAUGCGCAUGCUAUUCUUGACGAUGCUCACUAUUAUCUGGCGCAUCGUGGACUUGUAGGCAAUCAUAACACCGUUGUGCAUGACGAUGACGAUAGCUCCGAGUCAGGCAUCAGCGUCGGCACUAACACGCCACCGACGGAGGAUGACCAUACGCAGCGACUCUUUGUCUUCAGCACAAAAGAUCAAGCAGGCAAUCAGCGGAUGGCAGGCGUAUAUGCCAACGCGCUAGACAGUCCAGGUUUGAAUAAGUUUGAUACACGAUACCUGAGCAACCUUGCGUACACGCUCGCAUCACGGCGGUCCCCACUUGAAUUUCGCAGCUAUGCCGUGGCCUCGUCGAAGACAGAGCUGAGUGCCCAGCUACUCAAGGGACUGCCAAAGCUCGCUCGCUCCUCACGCCAGGAGAGCAAUCUGGUGUUUAUCUUUACGGGCCAGGGCGCCCAAUGGCCUGGAAUGGGGCGGCAGCUAGUCAAGAACGCUGUGUUUUUAGAGAGCAUCCAAACAUCGCAGCGAUACCUGGACGCGCUGGGCUGUGAGUGGAGCGCGCUUAAGGAGCUGGAGAAGACAGAAGGCUCCCUCAUCAGCCUGCCUGAGUACAGUCAAACACUGUGCACCGUGUUGCAACUGGCCCUCAUCGAUCUGUUGCAGUCGUGGAGCAUAUCCCCUGGUGCCACCGUUGGACACUCAAGCGGCGAAAUUGCUGCCGCGUAUGCUGCCUCAAUGCUCACUCACGCCGACGCGAUCAAGGUGGCUUUUUUCCGCGGUCUCUGCUCCGCUGCGGUCACCCGUGAAGGUGCCAUGAUGGCUGCUGGCGUCUCAGAACAUGAAGCGAGUGACUACCUGGCACACGUGACCGAGGGUACUGCCGUUGUGGCUUGCAUAAACAGUCCCUCCAGUGUGACGCUGUCCGGCAACGUCGAGGCCAUCGACAAGCUCGAGGCCCUCAUCUCGGGCGCCGGCAAGUUCGCACGCAAGCUGAAAGUUGAGACAGCGUACCACUCGCAACACAUGGCCGAGGUGGUUCAGGACUACUUUCACGGCGUUGGCGAGCUCUCGCAUUCCAUCGCCGGAACCAGCAGAACACUCAUGUUCUCGUCACUCAAGGGCCGGCUUAUCGAGUCGGCCCAAGAGCUUGAUGCGGAAUACUGGGUGUCUAACAUGCAGUCUCCUGUGCAGUUUUCUGCUGCUGUCAGUUCCUUGCUCAAUCAUCCAGCGCAGCCUGGCAAGAAGGCUCCCGUACGCUGGGGAGCCUUCGUCGAACUGGGUCCACACACGGCGCUGCAGGGACCGGUACAGCAGAUCAUUACCAGCAUUGGCGCCAACAAGGCGGCCAAGGAUGCUCCGUACCUGGGAAUGGUCCUGCGCAACAAGGAUGCUGUCACUACGGCUCUCGAGGGCGCAGGUCAGCUUUGGGCUACGGGCUACCCUGUUAACUUGACAGCCGCCAACGGGAGCGAGAGCAGCGUCACCGGUCCAAAGGCUCUGACCAACCUACCCCCGUACCCAUGGAACCACGGAAAGCGCUUCUGGCAUGAGUCGUACUUGAUGCGCUCGAAUCGCUCGCCAGCAGCACCACGCACAGAUCUGCUUGGAGUACCUGAAGACAUGCAGAACAAGGCGGAGCCGCGAUGGCGCAACCACCUACGCAUCACCGAGAAUCCAUGGGUCGAGGACCAUAAGAUCACUGGCACUGUGCUGUAUCCCGCUGCGGGCAUGCUUGUCAUGGCCCUCGAGGGCGCCUUUCAGACGGUGACGGAGCCAGCAACCCGAGCAAAAGUGUCAGGCUUCCGUUUCCGCGACGUCUCGUUCGAUCGCGGACUUGUAGUGACGACUGGGGACGAUGCGGCUGUUGAGACGCGGCUGAGCUUGUUGCCGCAUCCCACUGCAACAGGUCAAUUCAAAUUCACCGUCUACUCGACCACAAAUGGGACCUCCUGGACAAAGCACUGCUACGGAUCUAUUGCGCUCGAAUAUACCAUAGAUACCAGCCAUGUGGAGGAUGCAGUAGCACUGGGAGCCGAAUGGGAACGGCAUACCAUCUUGUACAAGAAGAUCCAAGACGAUAGCACGGCCGAGAUCGUUCAUGUCGACGGCUUCUACGAGCACCUCGAGCGCAUCGGAAUGGACUACGGCCCGUUGUUUCGCAAUGUAGUGUCGUUGACGACGGUCCCGCGGCUGCAUGCCGCUCAUGCCCACGUGGUGCUACCUGAUACCGCCUCGAGUAUGCCCGCCGGCUUCGAGUUCCCUCAUGUCAUGCACCCGGCCACCAUGGACUCCAUCUUCCACCUGCUACUAGCCGCCCUCAACGACGGCCGGCCUGUUGUCGAGGCUGCUGUACCGUACCGCAUCGCCGACAUGUUUGUGUCGGCCCAUCAGCCUCAUGGCGCCGGCAAGCGUUUCCGCGGCUAUGGACAGCUGGUGCAUAAAAGCCGUAGCGGCCAUGAGCUCAUUGGGGAUAUGGUCGUGUCCGACGAGGCCUGGUCUGGCCCCAAGCUCACCAUCACUGGCUUUGCCCUGCGCCAGGUCACGGCUGCUGAGAGUGCUGACGGCGUUGCGGUAAACAGUGUCGACGCGAACUUGCGCAAAUGCGCACAGCUGCAGUGGAAAGAGGACGUGGACUUCAUCAAAACUAGAGUCGACCUCAUCAGGCUUCAAGGUGCAGAUACACUCCUCUCUAUCUGGGUCGACCGCCUAGCGCACAAAAAGGCCGUUGAAAAUGUCCUUUUAGUCCUCAACAACAGGGCCUGCUCUGUCACAGCCAGCGCUUUGGGUACUCUCAUAGCACGCCUUGGAAAGCGUCCUGGCAUUCACAACAUUGUGGUCGCAGCGCCAUCCAGUAACGUGUUGGACACUUGUCGGCCCCUCUUAUCUGCUCCCGAACUCGACACCUUGAAAUGGGAUUGGACGUCUGGUGAAGAAUCGCCAGACGCUAUUAUCUCUGCUUACGAUGUAGUCAUAUUGAUUGCGGACAACCAGACGGCGGGCAUCCUAGCAGAACCAGGACCGCUUGCCCACUUACGCAAGCUUCUCUUAUCUCAUGGCCACCUCGUGGUCCUACAAGAGGACGAUGAUGAUGAGCAAAUAAACACUGUCGCAAUCCUACAAGCAGUUGGGCUCGCAGACUCCAUCGUAGCUCCUGGAAUCGUCAUAGCAUCUGCUCCCCAUUCGACUCCUGUCGCUCGCCCAUCUGAAGUCUACCUUCUCUUACCCGUGGAGCCUCUGCCUGAAACAUUGGGACUAGCCGCCACUCUGACAACAGUCCUGUAUGCGUCUGAGACAGUUGUUCAUAACAUCACGCUUUCUGCCGCAUCUGAGCUGGCUGGCAAGCACGUCAUAUCCCUCCUCGAAUCGAGCACACCUUUCAUCUACUCUUGGACUGCCGACGACUUCGACUCCUUCAAGACCAUCAUCUCUACUGCCGCACACGUCUUUUGGCUGACGCGUGGAGACCUCCUCAACGCUUGGGGUACAGAUGUCGCUGGGACUGCCUUUGCUCCCGCUCAGGGACUGCUGCGUGUGAUGCGCAAUGAGUAUCCCCUUGUAAAGCUGCCGCAUCUCGACCUAUCAAAGCGCCUUGGUAUAACAAGCCCUGCCGCAGCACAACUUGUCUUCGACGUAUGGGCGGCAUCUUUGAUGUCGAGCGCGGAAAAUGAGUUCGCUGAGAGCGAAGGCGCCAUAUACAUACCCCGCGCGAUUGGAAACCAUAUUUACGAUGGAGAGCUGCAGCUCGCAAGUGGACAAGCCAAGCCGAUUAGAAUGUUGCUCGGUCACAACAAAACACCCCUUGUGCCAAAUGAGGUGGUCGGAGGUGACCUAUUAUGGGUCGAUGAUGACACUGCCACAGAGCCUCUAGGUCCGCGCGAGGUCGAGGUUGAGGUGUCGUAUGUCGCCCUGGGCACUUUCCAUAUAGAAGAGGAUCUUUCUGGUCUUGGCCGCGAUGCUGUUGGCAUUGUGACGCGGCGUGGCUCGCAGGUUAUGUCGCACGUUGAGGGCCAGCAGGUCGCAGUUUUCCGCAGCCAGGGCGCCUUCAAGACGCACGUGCGCCAGGAGGAAACUUUAGUUGCCGUUCUACCAUCUGACGUGGUUCCUGAGCAAGUUGCUGCCAUACCCAGCCUUUUCGUCUCGGCCCAGUACGCGCUCCUCGAAAUAGCUAAGCUGCAGAGAGGGCAAACAAUACUCGUCCACUGCGCCGCCACCCCUCUCGGUCAGGCAAUCAUGCAGGUUUCUGGCAUAGUUGGUGCUGACGUCUUUGCUCUUGUGGGCUCCAAGGCGGAAAAGCAGUUGCUCGUAGAAAGGUAUGGCAUUACACCCGGACAUGUAUUCGACUCGUCCUUGCGAACCUUUGUCACGGGUAUUGCGCAAAUUACAAAUGGCCGCGGUGUCGAUGUCGUCUUGAGUAGCCUGUCUAGUCCUGCUGUGUUGCCAUCCAUGGAUGUCCUUGGAGACUUUGGCCACUUCGUCGACCUCGGCCAAAAGAAUCAGGAUGUCAGUCUACCGCUGUCUAAGCGUAAUGCCUCUCUCGUCCGUAUCGAUAUGAAUCGGGUCUAUCAGGCCAAGCAGGCUGUCAUCACUUGCCUCUUCCAACGCACAUUUCAGUGGCUCACCCGUGGAAGCAUCAAGCUUAUCGUACCCGCAUCCUUCACAUCUCUCACCGAAACGCAGCAAGCUUUGUCUAUCGUUACAAACCCUAAGUAUCAGGCAGGCACGACGAUCUUGUCACUCGCAGACCCAAGUGCUUCGAUAUUGAUGUCUCCGAGCCCUGCACCAGAGCUGGCUCUGGAUUCAGAGGGCACGUACAUACUGGCCGGUGGUCUGGGUGCACUUGGCCUCGACAUCGCGGGUAUGAUGGCCUCGCAUGGUGCUGGUCAUCUGGUUUUCCUGUCGCGUUCGGGCAAUAGCAGCAAGCACACACCUGCACUCAACGCUCUCCGCGCUCUGGGAACGCGCGCUGAGGCAUUUACCUGUGAUGUGACUAAGGCAAACAACAUUGCCGCCGUUUUCACCGAGCUCCAGCAACGAGGUUGCAAGAUUCGGGGUGUGCUACAAGCCGCCAUGGUGCUGGAAGACGGCAUCUUCGACAACAUGACCCACGACAAGUGGCUCCGCGCCUUCAUGCCCAAGACACGAGGAUCACGGAACCUCCUGAGCCAACUGGCCUCCUAUGACUCGUUUCAGGACGACCCAGCUAAAAAGCCAUUUUUCAUCCUCCUCUCCUCCAUCACCGGCGUCAUUGGAAACACGGCGCAAGCCAACUACGCAUCGGGCAAUACAUUCGGGGACGCACUCGCACAUUAUGCGCACACACACCUUGACAUCCCUGCAACAAGUAUUGACGUCGGACUUGUCAGUGACUCGUCACACUUUACCAAAUCCGGUGAGUUCGGCGACCUGAAGGGCUAUCUCAAUCGCUACAGCCACGGCUGGAACGGGCUGCAGACCAACCUCGAGGAGCUGCGUGUCUUGCUCUCUGCGCUGAUGAGGCGCGCCCACGAUGGCCAGACGGUGCCCGCACAGUUGGUGCUUGGGCUAGGUGAUGGUUUGGUGAGGCGUGCGGGUGGCGUUGGCUUCGAGCACGAUGCCAAGUUCGAACUCCGCGUGAAGAGAGAUGACGGCGAUGCGAGCGGAGAAGCGGACAGGAGUGGCAAGGGUGCGAGCGUAUCCGCGAAGCUGGCGCAGUCAUCGUCGCUGGUUGAGGCAACUGCCGUGGUCGAGGAAGAUCUCAAGGCGCAGGUGGCUGCGGCGAUUGGUGUCGCGGUGCUGGAAGUGGAUGCACAACGGCCUUUGUUUGACUUUGGAGUCGACUCUCUCAAGGCGGUGGAACUUAGGAACAGGGCACUCCGCGAGCUACAGAGCGAUGUGUCUGUGUUCGAUAUACUCAGCGCGACGCCGCUGGUAGAUUUGGCAACGAAAAUUGCUGCAAAGAGUAAGUUGGUUAUACUGGAUGAAAGAGAUAGUAUUUGA